GGCGCGCGCGCUCGGCCCGCGGGAUGUGGGCGCGCACGGCGCUGGCGUGCGCGGCGGUGCUGGCGAGUGCGCGCGCCUGGCCCGGCGGCGCAGUGUGCGCGCAGCGGGUGGCGGCGGCGCCGGGCACGGGUGCGGGUGGCGCUCGCUACGUCGCCUUCCUCAGCCUCGGACCGGGGCCCCCCGCGCUGGUGGAGAGCUCCUGGGCCGGGCGCGGGCGCCUCCUCGCUUGCUGGGCGCGCCGCGACCCCCGCCUGGUGCGCGCUUUCCGCGCCGCCUGCGCUCGCCGCCCCCCCGGCGCCCCCGGGGCCGCGCUGCGCAGGGAGCUGGGCGCGCUCUGGAGGCGCCGAGCCGCCUGCACCGACCCCGAGCCGCGGGGCGAGCGCCGCCGCCGCCGCCGGAGGGGUUGGACGGUGCCCGGCACGUUGUGGUGCGGAGCCGGGGACUCGGCCGGGAACGCCACCGAGCUGGGUGUCUUCCGCGGCCCCGACCGGUGCUGCCGCGAGCACGACCAGUGCGAGGCGCAGAUCACGGCGCUGCAGUUCAACUACGGCAUCCGCAACUACCGCCUGCACACCGUGUCCCACUGCGACUGCGACGCCAGGUUCCGGCGGUGCCUGCUGGCCCUCAACGACACCAUCUCCAACAUCAUCGGCGUCACCUUCUUCAACCUGCUGGAGGUGCCGUGCUUCGUGCUGGAGGACAGCGAGGAGUGCGUGCAGUGGCACUGGUGGGGCGGGUGUGAACGCUACGGCGUGGUGCCCCUGGCCAGGAUGGUGCAGCAGAAGCAGUACGGCCACGGGCUGCCCGCGGAUGGCAGUGACAGCGACUGGGGAAGGAAGCCCUCAGGAGCGCGUCGGAAGCGCCCGCGGCAGGGGCUGGGACGUGGUCCUGGGCUCCGCCGUGCGCGGAGGCCUGUGACAACCCAGCAGGUGCAGGACAUGGGUGGCUCGUCCCCUGUGUCUGCCAGGGAUGAGGCUGAGCCCACUGUUGGGCACGCAGCACCUUGGGGUGAGCUGGAGCUAGGCCUGCCAACAGCGGUGGCCACGUCGGGACAGGAGCUCGCUGGAGGACAGCAGGGGCCUGGGGCCUCGCCGCAGCCCACCCUUAAGGCUCGCCAUGAAGACAGCAGCAUUGCAUCCAGCCUCGUUACAGAGCCCUGUGAGGCUGUCCCUGCGCCUCCUGGGGAUGGACACAGGCAGCAGAGCCCGGGGAAGAUGUGCAGGUGCUACAAGCGGCUGGAUAAGUGUGAGCACCAGAUUGCACCCCAUGAGAUGAAGUACCAGCUGCAUAAUGCAGACAACCGGACGCUCUUCCACUGCAACUGCACCCGCAGACUGGCACGGUCCCUGCGCAGGGCGAAGGGUUUCCAUGAGGUGCAGGCAGCAGUCUUGGCUGACCACGUUGCUGCAGCUUGCUUUGUGUUGGAGCCACUCACCAACUGCAGCCUGGGCAAGGAGCCACAGCACAACAGCUGCACCUCAGCCACCCGGGCUGUGCUAGUAGCACCUGCACGGCAUCUCAGCAACAUCCUGAAGCACUGGGGUGCUCCUCGCAUAACCUCCAAGAAGGUCAAGCAUCAAGACUGGAAGACACGGGGCAGCGGCAGCACCCUUUACAAGCAGUGCCGGCAACUGGCUUUGGAGCAGAAGCUGUGUGCACAGCAUCGUGCAGCCCCCCCGUGACGCCUGAGCAGCAUGGGCAUGCCUCGCGUGGGAAGGAAGACGUGCUGUGCAGCGGGCACUGAGUGGAGCUGCUUAAUGUCUGGUCCUUGAGAGAAAGGAUGGCACCAAGCAUGGC